AUGGUUGGCGAGACAUGGCAGAUUUCUCAAACAUCGAUUUUCACGGCGGUAACCAAGGUGUUCGACACCGACGACCUCCUCAUCGAGAUCCUGCUCCGUGUCGGCUUCCCCACCACACUCGUCCGCGCCGCCGCCGUCUGCAGGCGCUGGCUGCACCACGCAUCAGACCACGCCUUCCUGCGCCGUUUCCGCGAGCUCGACCCGCCCUGCCUCCUCGGUUUCUACGUCAACCCCUAUAGACCACGGACUAUCCCCCGCUUUGUCCCGAUGCUACCUCAGCCCCUAGAGCUCGCAGCUGUCAUCCGCCGGGCAAGCUCCAGCUUGGACACCUACGAGAUCAAGGGCUAUUUCACCUACAUGGAAAAUUGUUGGGACGAUGAUGUUCUUAUCUGCCACUACAAUAAUGACCAGGGCAUAUCCACAACUGGAUUGCACAGCCUAUUAUGCCCUAAAACACAAAUGGGGACCAUAUUCCCAGGACUCCCAAGGCCCCCUCCCCGGGACGACAGAUUAUGUAAUUACCAGCAAUUCCUCUCCAAAAAAGAAAAAGGUGGCCGAAUGUCCUACUUUUAUUUGUUGAUGCAGUGCGGCGCAGAUCUACCAGGAGAAACUGUGGUACACGUGUAUAUUUUGCGAGAUGGUGUUUGGUGCAUGCAAAACUUUCCUGUAAACCAGAUCCCUGGUUUGAGAUUGGAACCAAAAAGCUUGCUCGUGGACGAUAAAAUCUAUAUGCCAGCUGCUGAGAGAGACAUUCUUGUCUUUGAUUUGGUGGCCUCGAGUAUAUCCACCAUGCAUCUACCACAUGGCGUGGAGUAUGGCUAUAGAAAAACCAUGUUUGCACGGGCCGCCAAUGAUUCUGCUAAUCUAUAUCUCGUCCAUCUCAAGGAGUAUCAAAUUUGUGUGUGGCUACGUAACGUCGAUGACUGGCUGGUCAUGGACACCAUAAGUUUGCGUGAGAUGUGUGCUAGUUUGAGCAUGUUGCGUCACAAUGCUUCUCUAGGGUUAAAACAUGUGGGAGAUAAUGCUGAGUUCGUGUUCUUAGAGUUGAGUCCAUACAUACUAUUUUGGGACGUGAAGCGCAGGACAGUGUGUAAAUUGUACGAGAUGAAAAAAGAGGAUCCACCGUGGAGUGGCAUUUUCCCCUUUAUGAUGAUCUGGCCUCCCAAGUUCCCUGUCUUCAAUGAGGUUCCUGCAAUGUUUGGCUCUUGA